UUUGAGCUCCAGUCCCCUUUGAUCUUCGACGAGUCUCUAGACUUCUCCGACCCAGAGGAGUCUCGAUUCGUUGGGGCCUAUUCGGACAAUCUGCUGGCCAAACCUGGCAACCUCUUGUCCAUGUCUGCUCUCGACAAGUCUCAGAAGAUUGAGUUUUUAGACUCGGAUGAAACUUCCAGUGCCUUGCGUGAAACAUCUGCCUUACUCGCUUGCCCACCUGGAUCCUACGGAACUUCCAUGUACAACCCAAUGUUGGAUGGAAGCUUUAUCUCGGACGACGACAGCGCUAACUACGUUCAGAACAGCGUGUAUUCCGGGUCGCCGUUCGACAUCCGUCGUUCGCCCAGCCUGGAAUCUAACUGUAACCCAGUUCCUGAAGUGACUUCGUUCUCUCCUUCCACCGGAUUCGAAGGCACCAAGCUCUCUAUCUACGUUGAAUCUUUCUACGACUUGCUCAACCCUCCCACUUGGAGUUUCUCUGUCCUUUUUGGAUCCUGCCAGUGUGACUGCACCAUCAGCCCCCUGCUAGUCGAGGAAUCUAGAUUCCAGUACGUGUUGACCGUCACCGCUCCCACAUUCGUGUCCACGACUUGCGCUGGACUCUCUGUUCCUCUUCAAGUUGUUAUCAACGAUCAAGAGGCGUCGACUCAGCACUUUGCACGCAUUGGAUCGUUUACGUACGAUCAAGAAGCAAGACAGAUGUCUCCCCGCAAACGAAGAAUGUCUUCAGCCUCCGAUGGUAGCACUGCUGCCUCCACCCACUCUGCUUCUGCCAAGCAAAUUCGAAUCAAUGAUGGCGUUAAAGUUGAGCGCUUGUCAACAUCUCCUUACUCGCCCUACCUUCCAACGCCUAGCUCGAUGAGUGGCUACUCUGGGCAAUACCAGCAGGUUCUUCCUCAGGGACAGUAUGAACAUCAAAUUCAGAUGAGAGCUACCGCUCCAUCUCCCCUUGCGUCGUCUUGGAGCCCGUGUAUCUCCAAUGCUACCGCAGUAUCAUGCAGUCCUCCAAUCUCCGUAACUCCCAUUGGCCAGGAAAUGGAGGUUAACCCUGGAAACCCAACCUUGGUCCGAACCUCAACCAUUCAGCAGGCCCUUAUUGGGGCUCCAAACCCCAAUGCGCCAUUCAACCCUUAUGCAAUGUACCCGAGCAAAGCCGUUCUGAAGCUCAACGGUGACCUUGAUGCCAUGGCCCUUGACUGGAAACCCGAAGAGUGCGAAGCCCAGCGCCGUCUGGUCCAAUUCACUCGCCGCCAGGAAGGCAGUACCAUCCAUGCAGACUUUAAGCCAGUGUCGCCUUCUGAGCGUGCCCCCAACAGCAUUUGCAUCAGCUGUAUCCAGUGGGCUGGCAAGAAGGAGUGCUAUGUUACCAGUGUAGAUACUAUUUAUCUGCUGGAGUCCCUCGUUGGUGUCCGUUUCACCGUGGAAGAAAAGAACCGUAUUCGUCGCAACCUUGAAGGGUUCCGUCCAAUGACUGUAUCCAAGGCUAAGCCAGACAGCGAGGAUUUCUUCAAGGUGAUCAUGGGCUUCCCAAACCCCAAGCCUCGCAACAUUGAGAAGGAUGUCAAGGUUUUCCCCUGGAAGAUUCUUACUCAUGCCCUCAAGAAAAUUAUCGGGAAGUAUUCUGCCAGCUACUCUUCCACGGCAGCGGCGUUGCCAGCACCGCUUCGGUCAAACUAUUCAGGUAGCCCUAACAUGCCCAGCGCAAGUCAUGUGGAUGUUCGCUCUGGGUCCCCAGCCGGACAUCAGCAGUCCGCCGGCGUUACCAACACGCUUCCAUCUCACACUGCUCAACUUACCCCAUCCAGCUACCUGUCCGUCAUGGGUACCAAUGCUGGAUCUCACCCAAGCUUGACUGCUGCGUACAACUACUCCGGCCUACCUAGUCGACACAUCCAGCCGUCUCCGGUCAUUGUUCCCAGCCAGGCCUCAUUCGACUUUAGUGCAUAUAUUGGUCACAACCAGAUGCCAGCGUACCAGAACUCUUAA